GGGCGGGGGGUCCUGAGAAGACCCAGGAACUGGAAGAUCCUCCCGAGUCUUCAGCUCUGUGCCACGACGCACACACCCGGCUGCCGCUGCGCCUUUAAACCAGCAUCCUAUGGUACUCUGCUCAAGAUGGCGGUGCAGGCAGCAGAAAAGGACGGGAUAGUGUUGAAGACCGUGGAUGAGGACCACCUGAACGACUCGCUCGGGAACCCUGGGCUCAUCUCACCGGACAAGGAGGAUUUAUCCCGUCUCUUGACUGUCCCGUUCAGCGGGCGUAUCCGCGGCGGAAUGCGACCCGGGAAGAAGAUCAUAGUGAUGGGGAUCGUCGACCUGGAGCCGUACAGCUUUGACAUCAGCCUGACCUGCGGCCGGGAGUCGGAGAAAGAGGAACCUCCRUACGACGUGGCCCUGAAGCUCACGGCGAGCUUUGGAGACCGCCAGUUCCUGCGCAGCGCCCGCGUCUCAGGGAAGUGGACGGAGGAGGAGGCGUCCACCGCCUACUUUCCUUUCAUCCCUGAUCAGCCUUUUAGGAUUGAGAUCCACUGCGAGCACCAGCGGUUCCGGAUAUUCGUGGACGGACACCAGCUCUUUGACUUUUACCACAAAGUAAAAUCUUUGUCCUCCAUCGACACAGUACGAAUACAAGGAGAUCUACAGAUCACGAAGCUCGGUUAACUUCCCCCCMACCUUUCCCCGCUACGGGUUUGUGUGACGAAAACAAAGACUUGAUCACAGAUGACCACACACACACUCACACACACACACAUGCAGCUGUUGCAUCAUCAUCCAUAAUCUGUCCUGCAGCUCUGCAGCAACGUGAAGAAACAACGAUGACCAAUUUUUUUAUGUUUUUCCAUAAUCAGGAUCUGAUGUAAAACCGUUUGGAGGGUAAAUGAGGGUGCUUUAUUUUAUUUUAUUCUUGUAGUGCCAGUUUUGUCAUUAACAGGACAAAUCUUUACCGGUGAGUUUUUUUUUUUUUUUUUAAUGCUAAGAUCAGACAGGUGUGGAGUACUUUUGGACAUGCAGAGUGGAGGCAAACCUUGGCUUAAGAUUGAAAUAUUACAAUCAACUUGAUUGAAAUCUUUAACUUGAGCUGAAGAAAAAGUAAAAAUGGCUGUUUUUAAAAAAAACCUUUUGUUGUGAUCGAAUUCAAUAAAAAUGUCACAUACCUCACAGCUUAUUCUGCUGUUGGCUGUAGGGUAUCAUGAGGUGGUGCCAGGCUGUUGUGGCUGCAUAUGGUUCUUCCACRUGCUACAAAGGUCCCUGUUUGGUAAAACUUUGAACAAGUUAAAGCAUAUUUAGCUAUUUGGAAUGGAUGCGGAAGAUUUGACGAGUUAUUUUUUAUGGGUCUACCCACCCACUCAAUGCAGCUGCUUAAACUUAAUAAAUAUGGCACCAUUUAAAGGGGAAUUACAGACUUCCCAAGUGUAAGGUUUGUUGCCAUGAAACAUCAUUACAACAAAAACAUACAGCUUUUUAUGUUCAGAUUAGAUUUCAUACAACACAGCUGGAUUAGUGAUUUUCUGAUUUCAGCGUUUGGGUAGCGUUUUUUUUUUUUUUUUUUUUUGUGUAUAUGAUGAUGCAACUCCCCUGGCCCUCUUCCCUCCCUCGGGUUUAUUAUGUUGUCAUGGUAACGUGCUGCAGCCUCGCUGACCCACAUAUCACCCACCCAAGAAAAAUGCGUAUUCAGUUGAGACGAGAUGCACUGCUGAUAGUUUCACAUUCAUCUUAGCGAUAGCUGCAGCUGGCUGUCCUGCAGGAAGAAGGCYGUGGUAAACAGGAAGUACAGUUCAGGGUCAGAUGGUACUUUGAAUGUAAAGUGUUUUCAGUAGUAGUGCAGUAGCUGUAGUUGAUGAACGGUAAAUUAGCGUCACAGUUUUCAGUAGUCUGGCUGGUGCUGUUGUAGUCCAACGACUUUUGAGUGUUGUACRUUAUUUUGUUUCCGGAAUCAUUCCGCGCCAGUGAACGGUGAGUCGGACCUUUUUUUACUGACAAAUAAUUCAAUAUUUGUUACGCAUUGCACAAAUUUGUGACCAUUCCGCUCAAUACGACAUUUUUUUCUUUUACUGGAUACGCACUAAUAGUAGUAAAACUACUCAAGUAUUAUUUCCUACAGGUGCUUUUAUUGUUCCUCCUUCCUGUAUCCACAAUCAGGAAAUGAUUUUAUUCCAAAACAUUUGUUAAACUAUUUCUAGUGCUUUUCAGUUACCAGGUUGUGAAAACCCCUUCAGUGUUUUUUUUUUUUUUCUAAUUAUGCAGAGGUUAAAUAACCUAUAACUUAUCCUGUGUAUAAAUUAUUUGCUCUCAUUGCUUUCAUAUAGAGAUUAUCUUUUUGAAGAAAUUAGAAACUAAACCUUUAAAUGGUUCAAUUAAUUGUUUGAAUUCUAAAAUAUCACUUGGUUAUUAAUCUUAUUUAUGCUGGAUAAUGUCAGUUUUCGUUUGUAUCAGACAGUAGAGCAUAUUAGUUAUAUUUGAUCCUGUUGUUGUUUUUUGUAAGGUUUCCAUCCCACCACAUCUAUGUUGGAACCAUGCAUCCAGGCUCAGAGAGGGUCUUCCUGAGGUCUCUGCUCAGCCACUUGCUUCAGACCCAAACAAAGAUGGAGUGAUUCCCUAGUCAGUUUUGGUGCGUAACGGUGUUGACCGUGUGUUUUGUGUUGGAUGCAGUUUUAACUUUUGUGUUUUCUAUGAGUGACGACUGUUAUCGCUGCGGUCUCUACAUGUUAAUUUAAUCGGAGUGAAGGCCGUGACUCUGCAGUAGGUUUCAGUGGCGGUAGAUAUGUAUUUAAAUUUCUGGGUGGUCGGCUGUCAAGGCUGGCAGCUGCAGGAAUCAUGGGGGAGGGAGAUAAACACUUGAAGAAUUAAAAACCUCGAAGCAGGGAGCUGUUUGUGUUUGUGGACGGUUCUAAAGCUGGAGAGGUACUUAGCAAGUUUUCAGCUGCCUGUUGUGGGGUUUUUACAUUCCAUUUUCUGCAGACGGUCCUGCAACUCUCCUACUUGUAGUUGCACUUUGAAAGCAGUGCCACUUCUUGAUCUCCUAAUGAUCCUGUUCGUUUCUCUACAACCCUGAUGAAAAUGUUAUUGAACUGAAUGUCACUUUCUUCCUGAUUGUAACCUGAUGAUAAAAACCCAGCUUCUCUCAUUUGGAUUUUAGGAUGUUGUUUUUCACCAUGUUCCUCCUUUGAAAGCAUUUGUUGUAAAAUAAAUCUUUUGUUUGACCCAGCUCCUAUGGACUUUGGAUGUACAUAAUGUGAUCCUCAGGGGCUCAUUUUGUUUUCUUUCACAUGAUUAAAUAAGCAACAUUC